CCUAUUUGUCCAGUUGUCUCUUGUGAUCUUAAUUGCAUAUGUAAUUUUUAAAUGUUUGUUAUAAUUGCUCUCUGUUCCCUUCCUGUCCCUUUUUGCAGGGAGGUGGUGCAGGCAAAUUCUGUUCAUUGGAAGAAGAAGUUUUUAUUUAUGUGUAAAAUGAGUGCCAGUGUCACUACUGGGAUUCUGGAUCCUUGCAUCUGCAGAGUAUCUGUACGGAAGGAAUUAAAAGGUGGAAAGGCAUAUGCAAAGCUGGGCUUUGCAGACCUAAACCUUGCAGAGUUUGCUGGAUCGGGAAAUACCACUCGUCGCUAUUUAUUGGAAGGUUAUGAUACCAAAAAUACCAGACAGGAUAAUUCCAUUCUCAAAGUAUUGAUCAGCAUGCAGCUAAUGUCCGGAGACCCAUGUUUUAAAACGUCUCCUUCCACAGGAAUGUUCAUAGCAGUUGCUGGAGAAUCAGAAUCUUUACAUGAGGACAGGAAAGGUGGAGAGAAAUUGAAAGAGGUACAUUUGGGUGUUUCAGAUCUCUCAGCAAAGAGUGUAUCAGUCCCAGAUGAACUUGGUGCAUGUGGACAUUCCAGAACAUCAAGCUAUGCAAGCCAGCAAUCAAAACUGUCAGGGUAUAGCACAUGUCACUCCAGAUCAUCCAGCGUUUCUGAUCUCUGCCAUAGGAGAAACACCUCAGUGGGAAGUACAUCUACAGGAAUUGGAAGUAUUCUAGAGCCAUGUGAAGAGACUGAAUCCAAAGUAACAGAUGAUAGUUUUUAUACUCCUGUUAAAGAUAUGUCUUCAGAAAAACUCAGCAGACUCUCUAAAUGUAUUUAUCCUGACAGGCAUCCAGUGAAGCAAGACUCCGUAGAGUCACAAUUGAAGCGGGUUGAUGCCACCAGAGUAGAUGCAGAUGAUAUUGUUGAAAAAAUAUUACAGAGUCAAGACUUCAGUUUAGACUCCAGUGCAGAAGAAGAAGGCCUGAGAUUAUUUGUGGGCCCUGGGGGGAGUACUUCUUUUGGAAGUCAUCAUCUACCUAAUAGGGUGGGAUCUGGAGCAUACGAACAAGUUGUGAUUAAACGCUAAAACAGAAGCAUUUGAACAUAAGAAUACUUGUAGAGUUCCUGAGUGGAUAAUUAAGAUGUGUUCAUUUAAUUCUAACAUUUAUCAAAGUUGUGUGUGAUGAGAGAGACUCUUUCAAGAGGCCAGCUCACAUUUGGUCUGGAGUAUCUGAGUGGGGCCUGUUCAUAAAAGAUCCUUCUUCAGUGGUUCCAAAGCAAUUUUUAGUAUCUGUCCCUUGUACAAGUUCAUAACCAUUGUUGUGACUGUUACCCAAUGUUAGUGAAUUACUUGCUUUUGUGAUUUAAGUGUAAAGUAUCUUGUGGAAACCUGAUAAAUGACGUCUAUUUGAACAUAGCUUAAUAUGGAAACUCAUUAAUAAGGAUGUGCUCCAUUUGCAAUGUGACCUUUUAGAAGAAGCCCUUUAUAAGAUCAGUCUUAAAUUAAUGUAGUUCAGAACUUAAAUUCUACAUUAGAAAUAAUUCUUCAUAUUUAACUUUUAAAAUAUUACUUGCCAUUGCAGUGCUAUAAUGGCUUAUUCCCUCUAUCAGGCCAUAAUUAAUAUAAAACGGCGAUCAAUUUUUUCCCAGAAAACUAAUGAGUUGUGCUUUAAAGAUGCCAUCUGCUUCAGUAGUACUAAACGUGUGAAUGCAUUGAGCAUAAUGAACUGUAAGGUUAAAUAAGCAGAUGGUAGAGAGAAAUAUAUAAAAGCAAAAUAUAAAUGACUAGAUCAAACCAUAUUUGUUGCAACUUGUAAAUAAAAUAUCGUGACUUAAGUACAUAAGCAGGACUUCUGGCCCCCUAUGUAAAUGACACAAUUAUAUUUGAAAUUUCACAUCAGAAUUACCAAGUCAUAGUAAAGCACUCAACAAGCAGGUCUUGUAUGCUUAAGAAUAGUGUGAUUUUAUGUUUGGGGGAAUAAAACUUUAAACUCUUGAGAUUUAGCUGUCUAAACAAAAAGUAAAAGUUUCUUCCAAAUAUGAUUUUUGAUAACGCCUGAAUCUUAAAGCUCAGUGGAUGAUACUGUCUGGUGAAAAGCAGUCAGCAGCUUGACACCACUACGAACAUGUUUUCUAGCUUAAUCCUUCACAGUUGCGUAUUACUUACAUCUGAAGGUGCCUUGUUCCUAGGGGUGGAAGAUAGGAGGGAAGGAUAGACUACCAAAUGAAGUUUUUAAGAAUAAAUGAACAUCGAGACUACUGCCAAUAUAAUUUACUAACAGAAGCACUUUAUAUAGUAUACAUGCACUCUGCAAUCUGAAAAAUCAAUCUCUGAGUAAAGGCCUUACCCUUUUUUAUGUAGAAUCACUAUCCACUUCACUAUCUGUCUAUUGUUACACUUACAGGCAUGAAACAUUUUGACCAAAAUGUAUUGUACUCUAAUGUGCACAAAUGCAAUGGCUUUAUUCUAAAAUGUAUUAGUUUUAGACAAAUGGUGAAUUAAACAUCUUUUUACAAAAUAAUUGUUUUGCUGUCAGCUGUAAAAGUAUGUUUAUUUUUUUAAAAAAGAUUUCCAAUGGGCUGCCAAUCUAACAGUUCGAGGUUAUAUGAACUGUAUUUCAGUAUAAAAUUGCAGAAGAAACCCUAGUUUUGUUGAAAAUUAACCAUAUAGUUUACCAUUUUUUUUCUUUAAUAAACUGAAGGUUUCAAAUUCUUCUCUGAAACAAAUGGUAUUUAGGAUCCUUUUCUCUGGAAGUCAUCUUAGUCUAUAUUAAGACAUUUUACAUGGUUUUACUUUUUCAUAAGUGUAGAGUAUAAAUAAAACUGAGUUCAGUGAUGAACACUUUAUAUUAGCUUAAAGGAAACAUUAGUAUUCAAAUUCUAUUGAAUAUUAUUAGAUAAGAGAUAUUUUUAAAUCUGGUACGUAAAAGGAGUAUUUUCCACUGAUUUAUGUAAUUUUUUUUAAUUUGGGCAGUUCUAAUGGAUAAAAUGUAUUAAAUACAACUUGUUUGUAAUAACUGCAGUUAAAAGGUGAGAUUGUAGAGAAAUAACAAAAUGCUUAUAAGAAAUGUAAAAAUGAUCCUUUCAUUAAAAAGUUGCCAUUGAGUGUUUACAUCAUACAGGUAAUACAUGCCAAUUUGUUUUCCAAAUUUUUAAAUAGAAAGAGUCGAUAAGGUUACUGGCUCUAAGUUAAAAUUGAGAGACCAUAGCAAUAAAGAAAGAAAGUUGUAUUUGAAAUAGAAAAAAUAUAUACUACUAAAUUGUUUAUGGAGAGUGUUGUGGCGCCAAAGAGCAUAAAUAAUAACCUAAAACUCAUUCUGAAGGGCAAACAACUUCAAGAGGGGUCUAUUUUUUUCUUGAAACGUAAGGAUGUUGGUUUUGUACAUGCUGCUUUAAACUGACUUUUACUCCAGUAAAACUAUCCAUAAUUUGCUUGUUGCCACAAAUCAGUAACUAAUUUUAAAAGCUUCUAAUUUACAUUUACAAUCUCUUUAAAUGCAACCUGCCUAAUAUUACAUCUUGCUAUUUCGUCUGUUUUAGCAUACUAUGUUUUUUUAAAGUUUAAUCAAUUCAGUCCUUCAACUAAUAUUGUUUAAUAGAGAUAUUUACCAGACUUUAUUAAAAAUGUACCACUGUAAUAGGCAAAUAUUAAACACAUAAAGCAGAACUUGAGGCAUCCUUAAAGAAUAUGAGGAAUAGGGGCUGGCUGCUACUGAUUUUUCAAAUGUAAUCUAUAUUUUUAAAAUAUAAAUUAAUUGUAAAUAUAUAUAUUUUAUAAGGGUAGAAGCUAAUGUUGAUACUUAGAGGAAAACAAAUGUGUCGUUCAGUAGAGCUGGUUGGUUACAGAUAAUUUAUUUAAAAUACACAGCAUAGACAUUGCUAGUAAUCCAGUAACCAAAGAUGCUCCCCUCAUCCCUCUGGCUUUCCUACAGCAGCAUGGUUCUGUGACUGACUGCAAAAUUAUUCAUGGCUUAAAAUUUAAAUGUAUGGAGAGUGCUCUUCUGUUUUGAGUUCAAUAAAGCAUAUUUGCAAAACCA